GUUGUUUAAUUUGCUGAUAUCAAUCCACUUUAUCAUCUUCAAUCUCCAUCCCUUCUCCCCAAUUCUUCCAUCACAUUCUCUAGAGGAGACCCCUUCAGAAAAGGAAGAAAAAUGGCGAAAAUAUUGUUGUUCAUCGCUCUAUGCGUGGUUCCAUCUCUGGUUAGUGGUACACGCAUGGUGAAGAAUCCAUUGAUGGUUCAAGGUCAAGUUUACUGUGACCUAUGCCGUGCUGGGUUUGAAACCCCAAAGACUACAAACAUGGCCGGUGCCAAGGUUAAGUUGGUUUGUUCCGAAAGGAAGACCGGUGAAGUCGUGUACGAGAGGGAAGGAUACACGGACUCAACAGGCCUAUACAAGAUCAGUGUCUCUGAGGAUCAUUUAGAUGAGGUCUGUGAUGCUGUUCUUGUAAAGAGCUCGCAGCCCAAGUGUGCUCAAAUGACACCAGGGCGUGAACGUGCUCGCGUGAUCUUGACCAACUUCAAUGGCAUUGCAUCAAACACCCGUUUUGCCAAUGCUAUGGGGUUCAUGGUCAACGAGCCUGAAGCUGGUUGUGCUGAGGUUAUGAAGUUGUACCUGGAGGAAGAUAACUAGAAAUUGCGAUUACGAGUCUAAUUUACAAGUUGACAUAUGUAUGUGUUGUCUGCUAUUCGUUAUUAUCAAGUGUGUCUUUGUGUCCCCUGUUUUCAGGACUUAUUGUUUUCUUUAAAAUUCUAAUAUGAAUAUUCUAUUUCUUUUUGGCCUUU